UGGCCGCUUCACUUAAAAACUGAAAGUACAGUCACCAAAAUGCCAGUAGCCCAAGGAGCGACACUGAACCACAUCUCCAGAGAAUCCUUAGAUAUCAGGCGUCUCGCCGACUUUUACAAGGAGAUUUUUGGUUUUGAGGAAAUUGAAGCCCCAGAUUUCGGAGAAUUCAAGGUGAUAUGGCUGAAUCUGCCUGGAGCUUUUGCUCUUCACCUCAUCGAGAGAAGCCCCGUCACCAAGCUUCCAGAAGGUCCCUACAGCGCCACGUCACCCGUCGCUGACGCUAGCCAUCUCCCCAGAGGUCACCAUAUUUGCUUCAGUGUAGCUAAUUUUGACUCCUUUGUGCACACUCUUCAGGAGAAGGGAAUACAGACCUUCCAAAGGUCCCUGCCGAAUGGAAAGGUCAAACAAAUCUUCUUCUUUGAUCCAGAUGGUAAUGGAUUGGAAGUUGCCAGUAAGAGCAAUGAAUAGGCCAACUCCAUCUGUGGGUGGGGUAUGAAAUAUGUUGUCGAAGUAAAAUGAGGGAAAAUGUUUGAACAUAUGCAGUAUUUCGAGACUCUAAUAAUCAUGUACUUAUGGAGUGCUCGGAAUAGUUUAUAUAUGCUUGUUACUGUUUCUUAAUCAUCUCUACCUAUCGUCAAAUGCAAAUAAAUAGAAUAAGAAAUCAGUUAAAG